AUGAUCGACGGAGUGAUGCCGUCGAACAAGAAGGUGGGAGGGGGCGAAAACAGCUUCAACAACUUCUUCAGAGAGACCGGCGCCGGAAAGCAUGUGCCGUGUGCCGUCUUCGUCGAUCUCGAGCCUACUGUUGUCGAUGAGGUUCAAACCGGCACCUACCGCCAGUCUUGAGAUUUCAUUCAAACAGCCCCAACUGUUUAAUUAAAUUGAAAUAAAUUUCAUCAUACCAUAAUAAAUUUCACAGCUAUCAAAUAUAUAUUAAAUGUUCAAUAAAAAUGAAAAAUAAAUUUCAUUCAAGUUCAAUUC